GUGAGCAGCGUGACUAGCCCUGCAGCUGCACAAGGCCUCGAGUGCUGCCGAUGUGGGACUGAAUCGUGACACCACCACCUUCCCAACACCCUUCUCACGCGCAUGCGACCAAUCGAUUUUCUCCUCCCCGUCCCCGCCGCUGCAGAACCCCUCCCAUCCGCCACCAUCCCCACCCUCUCAUCAUCCUCCUCUGCCGCCAACGACCACCCGCCGACCUUUCCAGCUCAUGGAAGAGAACAUUAUUGAGAACUGCAGUAUCAUCUACUUCUGCUCCAGCGCGCAGGAUGACAUCCAUCAUGUCUACCACCAGAACGAUGCCCCCACCGCGCCCGCCGACAACGAUCUCAUCCGGCGCAAUGUUCGCGCGCUGCUAGACGAGGACCAAGGCGAUUUCGAUGAAGUCUUUGUGUGUUCGCGAGCCGAACAAUGCACGGAAAGACUCGAAAGCAGGGCAAACUCCGUCCCCCACAUCGUCCUGAUUGAGCUACGCAACUCCGCGACCGAAGCCAAAGAUACCAACAAUGCGUCCUUCCACUUCCUCCGAACCCUCUGCACCGACAUUCGCGGCGCUCACUAUCAGAGAUAUGUCAUGCCUUUCGCCCUCGUCAUCCCCGAUGCGCAGCCGGGCGCCCCCUCCGAUCUCGACCAAGAACUGCCCACCGAGUGCCUUCGAGCCGGCGCGGUGGAUAUGCUACGAAGUCCGCUUCCACACGACGACAUCAACCGCAUGAUUGGCCACUUUAAAGAGCUGAAUCGGCCGCCGGCGCAUCUGAUUGGAGCCCCGAUGGCCCAGAAUUUGGUCGACAGUAUAAACGACGUGUCCAAGCCGCCGCGCAUGGAUAUCUACCGCCCUGACGAGAUGCUGUCGGCGGAGCAGAAGGCUGCUGUUGAGAAUACGGUCCAUCGAUGGCACUUUCCGGCACAGCAAUUCAACAUGGACGAGCUGACCUACGCCGCGCUGUACAUGCUUGAGCACGUGCUCAGCUCACCGGAGUUGCAAGAAUAUCGCAUGGAAAGGCGGCAGCUGAUUGCAUUCUUGCUGGCGACUCGGCGACAAUAUAAGCAUGAGCGCGAGGUCCAUUACCAUAACUGGCGGCAUGCUGUGGAUGUGUCGCAGUCGGUGUUCUCUUUCUUGCUUGAUCUGCAAGUAUGCCCGCCUCUGGGUACCGAACCCGAGACCGGGACAACCCCUCUCGAACGACUUCUCACCCCCCUCGACGGCCUAAUCUUACUGGUGUCGGCCAUCGGUCACGAUGUGGGCCAUCCUGGCGUCAACAACGCAUUUCUUGUCGCCUGCAACCAUCCGCUCGCCCAGACAUACAACGACAAGUCUGUACUUGAAAACUACCAUUGCGCAGCAUAUCAGCAACUUCUCCGGCGACACUGGCCUUCGCUCAAUCAAAUCACUGCCUUUCGCGCUACCAUGAUCUCUACAAUCCUGGCCACCGACAUGCAGCGGCAUUUCGAAUAUAUGUCGCAUCUGAGCCAGCUGCAAGAAAAGCUGGAGAGCGGGCAGUUUAGCGUGGAGGACAUGAGCGACAAAGAUCGGGAAAGCGAGCGCGAAAUGAUGAUGGCACUUCUCAUCAAAGCCGCGGACAUCUCAAAUGUCGCUCGACCGUACGAAAUCGCGGCGCGAUGGGCCCGCACGCUCAUGCACGAAUUUGCACGACAAGGCGAGCUGGAGUCGGAAUUACAGAUACCCACCUGCUUGUUCGGUGGCCCUCCCAACACCGAAGAUAUGCUGGCCGCGGCACAGAGUCAGAAGGGAUUCUUAAGCUUAUUCGGCUUGCCAUUGUUCCAGGGCAUCGCCGACAUCAUGCCAUCCCUCUCCCCCGCUCUUCGAGAGUUGAAAAGCAACCAAACCCUAUGGAACCAAAGGAUCGACGAGGAGAAGCGGCGGCGAGAUGAUAACAGCAUGGAGCCGCCGCACUUUGGCUCCGUGACGAAAGAUCAGAUGGACAUCGCGCAGCUCGAACAACAAAAGUCGGCACCCAGCGCGUUGCCCGCAGAGGCGAUCCAAGCGCUUUCGGGGACGUCAAAGGGCUCGUCGAUUGCGAGUUCGGAGCCUUCGAAACGCACGAUUGGUGAGAGAAGAAACCAGGCCCUCCCCCGACACCUGAGCCAGGAAAAACGUGCUUCUGCUCCCAUACUCGGAUCAAUCCUCCCUCCUGGCAUAUCUUCGAGGCGUUCGAGCAAGGACGUAGCCCUUGACUCAUUGCAUCUACAACAAAGCAUCGCCUCAAGCCACGACAGAUCCGAUCCUGGGUCCCGACGAGGAUCCGCCGACGCGGGAUUGCAAGUUCAGCAGAGCUAUCCUGGAUCCAGAAGAGGCAGCAAGGAUGAGAGCCUGACGACGAUUCUUGUGACGAGCGGCUCUCCGAAUCGACGAAAUUCUCCUUCGGCACCUGGCAUGCGACUCUCACCUCCCAAGUCGUCGAGGAAACAAGCGGCCGCUCGCUCCUCUCCACGACUACUCCAAUCUCCUUCCACUCCCGCCCCUGAGGAUGGCAUUCUCGUUCCCGCACUGGGUAGUAUUCCCUCGACCGAGGAUCCUUUCAUCAUGCCAGGCUCGUGGGGAAAUGAUCUCGACGGGACACAUCGCGCUUCAGUACAAGAUGGUAUGCACCGAGAUUCCCUUCCCGAUCCGUCCACUUCAACAGAAGGCGAAGGCCUCCCCAGCUCACCUCCGCCUCCGCCGCAUUUCAACGUCGCGAAGAGCGAGAGCUCGCGGGCUUCGACGAGGGAAGUUGGCGAAGAGGGGCCGUUAGGAGAGACGGGGACAGAUGGCCUGAGAGGCAGGGGUUUGCGGGCUUCGAGGAGCCGGUCAAGGCUGCGAGCGUUGAAGUUCUGGAGGCGAUCUGGUGGUCGUGAUCAGAGAAGGGAUGUGGCUGGAGAGGACGCUGCCAUCGGUUGAUGGAUUAUCCUCCUGCUUUCAGAGUGUUGUCGUGCGCGUACUUGGUGGUGCUGCCUCGGGGUGGCCCGACCUGUACGUUCUCGCUUCCUCUCCGCUCUGUGCGUGAUUCAGCGGUAUGACUUCAUUGCGGCGGUUGAUGUUUACACGAUGGUGGCAUGACUAUAGGACGGGUUAGCAUGAGAUGGCUUAGCAUGAAACGGACGAUUGUAACCAUUGAUUGUGAAUUUCUUCAAUCUUCUGCUGUCGAUCGAUGUGUUACAGCAUUAUUGGACGGCGUGUUGAGUCAAAGAGGGCAUCAGAGAACGAGCACGACUGCCAGGGUGAGAGAUCGAUUCAAUUAACAAUACAAUCGACGCCGUCUAUAUUUCAU